CCCCCGCGUGCUCCGGCAGGGCUGGUGCUGGGCGGCGCGUUCGGCGUGUUCACGGCCGGCAUUGACACCAACGUGGGCUUCGACCCCAAGGACCCGCUGCGCACGCCCACGGCGCGGGAGGUGCUGCGGGACAUGGGGCAGCGCGGCGUCUCCUACGCCAAGAACUUCGCCAUCGUGGGCGCCAUGUUCUCCUGCACCGAGUGCCUGGUCGAGUCGUACCGCGGCAAGUCCGACUGGAAGAACAGCGUCGCCAGCGGCUGCAUCACAGGAGGAGCGAUCGGCUUUCGAGCUGGUUUGAAAGCAGGGGCCCUUGGCUGUGGAGGCUUUGCCGCUUUCUCUGCAGUGAUCGAUUACUACCUGCGGUAACAGCGGUGUCCGGGGGAGCGCAGCCCAGCUGCAGUGGGGCCACCAGCCUUGCCUCUCUGCCUUGGGCUUGUCCACCAGAGCAAGCUGGAUGUUGCCUGCUGCAUUUCCUACACAGCUGACAAUCGGCCAGCCCAUAGCGCUGGCAGGCUGCCUUUCAGCACAACUGCUGGAGCCUCUUGGGGCAGGGCCAGGCUCAGUGGUCAGUAUCCUCCGAAUGAAUUGGCCGACUGUGUCCGUUUCCGGGAACGGAGCCUGCUUUCCCCCUGCCUUCCAGACCCUUUGGGGUCUGACUGCUAUCAAAUGCAUUGCCUAUGUGGAAAGAUCCCUGCAGGCACUCCCUGGAUACGGAGACUCGGCUGACCCAUCUCAUGACUUGCUGCAGAUGUUUAAUGGUACCUGGUUUGCAGCCACAGCUCUGCUGGAAAGCAGUGCAGUAUCGUGCGGGAGAACUUGUAGGCUCCAGCUCACGGCCAAUGCCCAGCUGCGUAGGUCAUCUUGUUUCAGGUACCUGGGAGCUGGGCAUCCCGGGGUUCAGCAACGCCUCUCCUGGCCUCGUGCUGUUUAAUUACUGGUCGCACUGAAAUAAAAGCUUAAUGGAGAGGAG